AUGAGCCGAUAUCUCUUGAUCAGGAUGAAUUUGGCUGCUCUUUAUUCGAACCUUUUUCCUCAGGUUAACCAGUUUGAAGAAAGUGCCUCUGUUGUUUUCGCUCCAAUCAUCAUAAAUCAGCCAACAGAGUUAUCAAAAUCCCCAAUAAACAUGUUUGUCCAUAAAUCAAGAUGGACAGCUGCAGAAGAUGACAAACUCACGGAUGCAGUCAGGCGCUUUGGAGCUAAAAAUUGGGGAAAAAUUGCAGAAUAUGUUGGAACGAGGACAGGAAAGCAAUGUAGAGAGAGAUGGAUUAUCCAUCAUGAUCCAUCUUAUAGUCAUGAUGUCUGGACCCAGAGGAAGAUCAGAUCCUCUUAG